GGCUGCGCGCUUUCAAGUUCGGUGCACAGUCAUGUAUAAUUUCUAGGCCCGCCUCGCAACGUUUCUGCGGAUUGGAACAUGAGCAUUUAGGCUUCAUCUUCUCCUGUCCUUUCAUAAUCACGCACUGACUAUCACCCUCUUAGCCCGACUGCAGGAUCAGCAUGGUUUUCCUGUGGAUAUACCUUCUCCUACUGGACCCACCAGCAUCGUUUAUUUCGAUCGAAAAGUUCCUCUCCGAACCCAAAACAACGAUAGAUCUAAAACUUUCUCAUUCUUCUAUCUCUCGGCUGGUGUCGUGCGAGCUGGCCAAGCACAAUUGCGUGCAUUCGUGUGUGUGUGUUUCUACUAUGUGCACUAGACUUUGUCUGCCGAUAUAUCUGACCUGAGUCGCCGCUCAUUCGAGUCCGCCGUUUCAACUUCAACUCGUGAAUGUUGGUCCCUGUGCAUGUGAUCGCAUUUGAUCGCAUGAUCGCAUGAAGUCUGCGUGUGCCUCCAUUCGUGAAUCCAUCCGGUGGCUGCCAAACGAGCCCAGUGAGCCGACAGAUACCAUAGUCCUUACUGGGCUUCACAGCGGUAUAUUUGUCGAUGUCCGGUUCGAGAAGGAGGGUCAUAGUCUCGAUUGGGCUUUUGCAGGUUACCGCUCAUCUGAUGGACCUGUCACCAUAUUCAAACAUUGCAUCGACUCUCGGACACUGAAUCCACUUGAUGUUGUCGACCAAGGAACGAACAAAACUUUGCCGUCGGGAACGAUUGUUGAAUCCGGGGAAAUGAUCAACCCAUCGACGAGUCUGAUGACUUCAUAUGAAGAGGUGUGGAGGGACGAAGAACACGACACAGGCAUCUUCAUGCGCAACUCCACGUCGUCAGAAUGGCGCGCUAUGGUCGGCUGUCACCAGCUUGCUCUCGGGAGGACGAAUGACCAUUUUUGGGCCUGGCAGGCGGUGAAAGGUGCAGAUGGGUGGAAAUUGCAGCAUUCGUUCGGGUUCGACGGCCGGACAACCUUGUUGCCGGACCAUCAUUUAGAUUGGGCAACGCAGCAGAACAUCAUGCUAUGGGACGGAGAUCUCUGGUCUGUUUUCUAUGGAUGAGCUGUGUAAAUUCCACAAUUAUGGAUGAUCGACCAAAGAAAUAUGGCAAACAAAUGGUAAACAUGCACUCCGGCGGAUGGCAAAUAACAGGAGUCGUAGAGAAUCAUUUAUAUUACAAAUAUCGGAGCACAAAAAAG